AUGACUGGUCAAGAUGGCUUCUCGUCAUCCUUUGUGGAGACCGUAGCAGGAUUCACAGCGGGGAUUGUGUCAACUCUGUCGCUACAUCCCCUUGACAUGGUCAAAACGAGGCUACAAGGCAAGCGUCAAUAA